AUGAAUAAUAAUAAUAACAACAAUCUAGCAGCAGCAAAUGCAGCAGCGGCGGCGGCGGCAGCAGCAGCAGCAGCAGCGAUGGACGCUGAAGCUACGGGAGGAACAUACUUUUGUAGCAAAUGCGGGCAACUUAAAAAGGGACAUACCUGUCCUGUAGUAGCACCUAGAUCGAUGGCUACAGAGACAUCGUUGCCUCUGAUGAUGGCAGCAUCGACACCUGUCAUGUCUACACGUAGACAAUACACACAACAACUACAGCAACUACAACAACAACAGCAACAAGUCGCAUCUAUCCAACAACUGGCACCAGCUCAACUACAACAAUACCAACAACAACUAAUGAUGCAACUCGCAAAUCUACACUCACAACAGCUACAGUUACAAGGACAACCUCAACAGUUGCAACAGAUACAAGCACAAAUCAUGCAAGUUCAACACAUGCAACAACUAUUUGCACAACAACAACAGGCUCAAGCAGUUGCCCAACAACAACAAAUCAUACAACAACAGCAUCUACAACAACAACAAGCUCAACAAGCUGUCGCUGCUGCAGCCGCACUUCAACAACAGCAACAACAACAGUUACAUCAACAACCCUCAUCUACACAAAUCACCAAUACACCACACCAACAAACUACUAUAGUACCUCCACAAUUACAACUACAAGGUACUCCAGGUGCAAUGCCAUUGGUGUUUAUGGGUGCAUCAUCUGAAGAAAAAAGAGCAAGAGAAAAGAAUGCCUCUGAUUUUAAUAUGUGGUUCUUGUUGGAAAGACAAGAAAGAUAUCCUUAUUAUUUUGAUCUUCAUACAAAAACAAUUCAAGUAAUUGGUAGUUGGUAUGUUGAUGUAUCGGAUGCAUGGGAUGGAUAUUCAUUGGUUGAAAAGAGACAAAUGCUAAACAAUACACAAAAGUUGGCAAAUCAACGUCACUCUUUUCUACAGAAACAACAUGAUAUUGCCAGUCACGAAGAGGAGAAGCAAAAGAGAGAGCAAACAAGAAUAAAGGACGAAAAGAAGAUGGAGAUUGCCAAACAGAUGCGUCAGAAACAAAUAGAUGAAAUCAAAGAGAAAAUAACAAAGCCAAAGACCAAUGUGACAGCCUUUUUCCACUACCUCAAUGACAAUAGAGAAACGGAAAAGAGAGCACAACCAGAACUAUCUUUGGCAGACAUUUCAAAAGUGUUGGGUCAGAAAUGGAGAGUGUUGACAGACGACGAAAAGAAGCCAUACCACACCAAGGCUGCAGAUGAUCGUGUCCGUUUUGAUGCCGACAUUAUAGAAUACAAAAAGCAAAUCCAAGACGCAAUUGAUAUGCUCGCUCCUAUCGAUCUCAAUACUAUAGAACUACCAGAAGAACCUGCUCCCGUUCAACCACAACCACCUCCACAACAACAACAACCUCAACCAACCGUCAUCAAUCCACCACAACCAGGUGCUGAAAAACGUUGUGAAACAUGUGGAAGCUCCGAUAACAAAGAUCAAACUUUUUCUUGUAUCGGUUGUCAUCGUGUAUAUCAUGGAAAAUGUCUUCAAUUAAAUCAAUUAGCUAUUGAUACUAUUAAAAGAAAUGGUAAUUGGAAAUGUAUUGAUUGUAAACUUUGUGAAGUAUGUAAUGAAGGAGUACAUGAAGAUAAAAUGAUGUUUUGUGAUGUUUGUGAUAAAGGAUAUCAUACAUUUUGUUGUUCACCAAAAUUGGAUGCUCCACCUACUGGUGGUUGGAAAUGCAGUCAAUGUGUACAUUGUAUUCAUUGUGGAUCUAGAUCGGCAGGUCCAUCUUCGAGCUCAAAGUGGAAUGCCAACUAUACAGUGUGCGAAGUUUGCACACCAAAGGUGCAAGACAAGAAAUACUGUACAGUCUGUAGAAAGAUCAUCAAGAGCAGUGGUGAAAAGAAACCAAUCGUACAAUGUGUCUAUUGUGAUCGUUGGACACACGCUGGUUGCGAUUCAAUCACUGAAGAAUUUUUAGAAAAGAUGAAAGAGAAUCCAAACUAUCACCAAUACAAGUGUCCCACCUGCAAGACUGGUAACUAUGCCCAGAGCAUCUCCAAAACCGUCCAAGGAAGAAAUCUCAUGAAACCAAUUGUAGAAACAUCAGAAUCAUCAGACGAUGAAGAAGAUGAAGAGGAAGUAGUUCAACCAACAUCAGUCUCUAAACGUCGUUCAAACAACAAUAACCAAGAAGAAAAACCAUCAUCUAGAAGACCAACCAAAAGAAAGAAACGUACUGAAGAAGAUGAUCCUGAAGAAGAAGUUUCUGAUGUUAAUGUUGAUGAAUAA